CUCUUGCACCGCACACACUGCCCCUCCCCCCACCUCAACCUUGUCAUGGACGCCGCGAUGUCGGAGGUCGUUGAGAUGAACGACUCCACCUAGCCCGCCCUCGCCACCGCUCCUUUGGCCGACGACGCGGUCGCGCCCGCUCUCUCCACCCUACAGCGUGAGUAGCCUGUCCGUCUCGCCCCCAGUCCUCAUAUCCCCCAAAACCCUAGCUCAGCUUUCGACGCUGUGGCCGCUCAGCGGGCGGUAGCUCAUGUGUGUUUGCCUCGCCGUACCUGCAUAUCUGAAGGAGAUCCCGUCCGUGGUCGAGGCGGGGUCGCUGACCAAGGAGGUCUGCCGGAUCUCCCGCAUCGUCCGCCUCACCGCCGCCUUGUUGCCCCCGACAUCGCGGCUUUCCUCGCCUUCGCGCUGCCCCCUUCCUCCGAGGCCUUCACCCGCUUCUCCCCGCUCCUCCCCAAGGAAGAUAGCAGUGAGAUGGAUGUUGAUGUUGCAGCUCUAGCGGCUCAAGUUUCAAUUAAGCAUGGACUCCCAGAGAUUAAAAUAUACUGCGACCUGCUUGUGUUGAUUUUCCUUAUAGAUCACAAGAAAUAUGAUGAGGUUAAAGCAUGUGCAAGCGCUAGCAUUGCUCGUUUGAAGAAUCUCAACAGGAGGACUGUUGAUGUUUUGGCUUCUAGGUUGUAUUCGUAUUACUCGUAUGUCCAUGAACUCACCAACAGCCUUGCUGAAAUUCGUGGAGUGAUUCCGGCUCUCAUGCUUGGCAAGCAUGUACUCAUUCAUACUGUAAUUGAACUAUGA